AUGAAGUUGAGAAAUUUUAAACAUGGCACUGCAAAAUUUCACUUGGUCGAUCAGGCUAGGUCAAAACUACCUGUGACCGAUGGUAUUGGCACAGGAUUCGAAGAAGUCGUCGAUUUGAAUCAAGCGCUCCUUGAGCUGGGCAAAGUGAUACGCGCUCAGGGGCAGAAGAAUUUUGUUUCUUUCAGGGAGAACAAUUUGACUAGGAUUUUGGAAGAUUCCCUUGGUGGCAACAGCUCGAAGAAGCAGACCAAGCACUUCAAUAUUGUCUGCCAAGAUAUUCAAGAAGGAAACGGAUAUGAUAGGACACUCCUGGCGAGAAUGCAAGAGGAGGACGAAGAAACAGAGCAUUCCAAGAAGAGAAAGCAGGAAGAUAUGCUGGAAAUCCAAGAGCUCGAGCACCAAAAUGAGGAUUCCAAGAGAAAGCAGGAAAAAAUGCUGGAAAGUAUCGAGGCAUUCUCAACAAAUUCAAAUGAACGGUUUUCAAACAUCGAAAAAGCGGUGCAAGAGCUGAAGUACCAUUAUGAGGAUUCCAAAAGAAAGCACGAGGAGGCGUUAGAAGAAAUCAAGGCAAAUUUUGAAGAACGAUUUGCCAAUAUGAAAAGAAUGGUGCAAGAGCUCGGGCAUCGAACUGACGCUUCAAAGAGAAAGGUGGACCUCAAUGUAGAUGUGAUCGAUACUGAAGAUACGGAUGGGAUUGGAGUCGAAACACGGCAGAGAAAAAAAGAACAACUUCUGAUGGUGGCAUCGCCAGGAAGCGUCGCUAUUCCAGAACCAGAGACGCUGUCGCCGUCAACGUCUCCUCAUCCACCGGGUGGCUGCAUCUGCAGAGGUAACUGCAGAGAUAACAGAACAAAAAUGUGUGGCUACUUUGGCAGGAAAACCACUUGCACGUCCUCGUGUGAGUGCAAGAUGCACCUGGUCAAUUUCAGACAGACGAGUCGGACGAUGAGUAGUGGAAGUGUAUGA